AUGGAUCCCAAGGAACUGUCAGCGCGUCUACGCUUUUUAAAUGAUUCCGCUCACUUAUUAGCUACAACAGCUCCUGCAACCUCGAGAUAUAUAAUGACGCGACACAAUGCUCUAAUGUUCGACUCCAAGAUUGAUCUGUCCGAGUCGCAAAGGAGGGAUGCGUGUGGCGCAUGCGGUACAAUCAUGACCCUGGGAUGGGAAGCUACCUUGGAACAGGAUACACCGAAGCGGAGGAAGGGCAAGAGCAAGCCAGGCACAGAUGCUUCGAAGGCGCCCAAGACGAUGAUUUACAGCUGCGGAGCUUGCUCUAAAAAGACUCGAAUAUCAUCAGGCAUCACAAAACCACCUGGCAGGCACCGAAAAGCCAUGUCAAAUUCAUCAUCGAAUCCAGUCUCUAUUGUUACCAAUACAACGCCCCAAGCUACCAGUACCCCUACACCGAGCAGCAAGAAGAGACAGAAAUCGAAGAAGGGUGGGUUAGCGGCUAUCCUCGCAAAGAACCAAGCUUCGCAAUCGAGCUCUGGAUUUGGCCUUGAUUUGAUGGACUUUAUGAAAAAGUCGCUACUUUCAGACAGUGGCCUGACUUUUCCAUGUGAAGUACGAGCCUUGGGUACCAAUACCAAAUGGGAUCACAAAUCAUUGGCACGGAGAAACACAGCAUUGGAACUCGUUACGAACAACACUUUUGGAAUCCUUUCUGAAAAGGCGUGCCUCGACCAUGGAGAGCGACCACUCACCACAAAGCCUCGUCCCGAGUGA